AUGAAAGCGUCUAAUGCUGCGCGACCUGCUGUUGAAACUGCAGCAAGAAUAUUAGCUCUUGAACAGCAAGCUGCUAUUCUCACCCAAACUUCAGGAGAAUCUAUGACCGCAGAGGCUUGUCUUCGUGUCGAAAAAACAAAGUUCACUUUGCUUCAGAUUUUCGGAACCAUUAUACUCGAUUUGUUUCUCACUAUCGGUCCCCUUGUCCCUACUUUCUACCCUCCUGAAACCAGCUGCAAUUGCCAUAGGUCUGGGGUCAACUUGCUCUCUUUUGUUCUUCCCAAAUCAGCAUCCUAUACAGUUCUAGCAAGUCUGCGAGGAACAGUCGAUCUGAUGGAGAAUCUAAUCGUUUUUUUCGAUUACUGCUUUACAACAAGGACCGAGCAGCUUGAAUCUGAAUCAAUUAAACCGGCUCGGGUAUUCCUCCCUAUCGACUUUUCUCGCGGCCGGUGGAGUGCGGAGGAUGUGGUCAGCUUGAGAGACCCCAUUCAAAAAGUGAUAUUUGCAGGGUCAUCCUUGCUGGACUUUCAUAUUGGCUACCUACAGCAGCAUGAGACUAUGAAGGAGAUACCAAAAGAGUCAGUAAAGCCCACGGUCGGUAACAAUGGCUCUCACUCAUGUCAAGGAUCCAAGCUCGACAAAGUCUUUCAAAAUCUGUCUUAUGAGGGUUAUCCGCUCGUCGAGGAAAAUAUGCAGGCGCUGAAAGAUUCCUCUUCUGAAACACUGCCUGCAUGCCAAGGGGCUUUAUCUAUGAUCUCGGAAUGCUUCCAUGCGAUUAAUUCUACAAGAUGGCUUGGGAAAUAUCCGACGGCUGCCCUGGAGAAUUUACAGCGAGCACGAGCCGCUUCUGCAUCUCAAUUAACAGAACGACUGUUAGAUACAUACCCUAGUUCCUUCGACGAUGAAGGUAACUUCACUCGAGCAUUUUAUCUGAAAACGCCUCACCCGCUGCAAGGCUUGAUGAUCGGCAUGGUUUUCAAAGAAGAAGUUCUCACACUGGUCGACGCAAUGAUAGCGAAUCGGCUACCUCGAGGCAUCCGAUUAAUCAUUUCCUGGGCAUCGCGGAGCGAUGAUUCUGUUCCAGAUCAGUUUUCCCCCAGCGAUCCAGACACCAAGCAAGGGCUUUUCGCCCUAGGGAUGGUCGCAGUAACCAUUGCUCAUGGUGUGCCAGCAGUCAUACCUUCAACUCAGACGACGUUGAUUGUCUACAUGUCUGACUUCGUAUUUUCAAUUAUCUGCCUGGUUGCCUGGUACAUAGGCUCGGGACAUGGUUCCGGGAAUCCUCAUGAAUUAGGAGCAAUUAUGGCCGUGGUUGUUAUUAUUCUGAUGCACAUUUCCAGCUAUGAAAAUCCCGGUUCUGGGUAUUCAGUCUUCUGGAGUCUAAUUCUUUCUCAUCGGCAGUUAAUUAAACGAAUUGCAGAAGAAAUGGGUGCCUUAAUCGGACCUAUUGCGUUACUGAAUCUAGAAUUCUCAAGUUCCGAUUUCGAUAGCAAAUCGCUCGCUUCCGUUGCAGGGCUGUCCCGAGAGCUGAACCAGGCACUGAGUCGUCUAUUAUCUCUCUCAUCCACUUCGCCGCUUGACUUCCAAGAAAAGUGGGCGAAAUCUGUCGGCAUGCUCGACCAACGAGACAUCGACGAUAUCAUGGUAGUCAUCACUGUCAUUCAAUUUCGAGACGAGAACUAUCGGCGGUAUUGUGUCGCGUUCUAUUGCUAUGUGGAAUUGCUGGUAACUUUUGAUAAGUUGGUUUUUGUGGUCAAGGAGAGAGUGGGGGAGAUGUAUAUGCUUCCCCACGACGACCAUGAGAAUGUUUGA